AAUAUUUUUCUAUUUGUUAUUUUAUUAAAUUUUGCUGUUGGAUCAAUAUGGAAGAGGGAGGAAAAAGUGGAACCUGUCGGUUUGAACCUACGAUUUAACAUCGACAACAAUGACCUGCCAACGGGCCCGUUCCGACGGAAACACCACAACGUCGACAGCCUGCGUAUACGCAUGGACCCCAUCUCCAAACAGGCGCUGAGGAUCAGGGGCGGCAACUCUACGGACACGCUGAACUACCCGUACAUGGCGGCCAUCAUCAUCAACGGGCGGCUGUGGUGCGCCGGCGCAAUCGUCGACAUCAACUGGAUCGUCACCGCUGCGCACUGCCUCAAUUACGUCCUCCACGUGUCCCCAAUGAAGACUCUAGCGAAGUACGUGAAGGCGCGCGUGGGCAGCGCGCGGCCCCACGAGGGUGGCCAGCUGGUGGACGUGGUGGGGGCCGUCAGACACCCCAAGUUUGAGGAGGAGCCCGUACCACACGCCGACGUCGCUCUGCUGAAGCUGUCUGAGAACCUUGAGUUCGGCAAACACGUGAACCUGAUCAAGAUCUACGAGGGUAUGAAGGAGCCGUUUGCGCAGAGCUUUGUCGUCAUCACUGGAUGGGGAGCCACCAAGGGUUCGGACACUGCGUUCAGAGACCAGACCCCGGACCUCCUGACGGCGCGACUGAAGGUGCGCACGCAGCACUACUGCAUCGACGCAUACCAGCUCGUCAACGGCUUCAUGUUCACCGAUGACUUCUUCUGCGCCUCGCUCAGGAACGGCACCAGGGAUGCUUGCUUGUUCGACGCUGGUGCGCCGGCCGUGCAGCAGAACAGACUCAUGGGCGUGAUGAGCUUCGGCCCCGAGCGUUGUGGUCACGAGUACCAGCCCGCUGUCUUCAUCAAGGCUUUUUACUUCAGGGACUUCGUGAAGCACACCAUAUCGUCGUACAAAUCAACCGCUGACCUGAUCGAAGCGAUAGAGGCGGUGGACCCGACUCUCAAACCUCCUGUUCACGUGGUGGAGCAGCACCCGUCGCAACACCACCCAGUUGCCGGGUACGACGACGCCGCCACGCCGCCGGACGAGAAACACGAUUAGUUAGAAUAAACUAUAUACAUCACAGUAUAAUACACAAUGUUUU